CCGGUCCCGGCGGCGGCGGCGGCCGGUGCGCGGGGCGGGCGGGCGGCGGGCUGGUCCCGUCGCGUCCCGGUGCCGGUGCCGUCCCGUCGGUGCCGGCGGGGCGAUGCCGUUCCCGGGCGGGCUGUGGUGGCUGCUGUGCUGCCGGCGGGGUUUCACGCUGCUGCGGCGGGACUACGGCGAGGCGGAGCGGGAGGCGGACGGCGAGGCCGAAGAGGAGGAAGAGGCGUCCUUCGAGCUCCGCACCCAGGGAGACCAGGGAUCCCUGGAGGUGAGCCUGAGCCAGCCCACUCGUAGCAGCAGUGGCUCAGAGCGGUCCCUGCUUGUUGCAGAAGAGAUGCGCAGCCUCAUCAUGGAGAAGGGCCCAGGGCCAGUGGAGGAUGACCCUGAUGCUCUCGUGAAAGGUGGGGUUCUGCCCCAGCUGUGGCUGGUCCCAUCCCACAGGGACAGAGGCUGGCUGCAGCGGGAGAUGCGGGGCUGCAUGAAGACUCCCUGGAUUCGUCCUCGGAAGUACUGGUUCGUGCUGACACCUGACUCCCUGGACUACUACAGCAGCAAUGAGAAGGGGGCCCGGCGGCUGGGCUCCCUUGUGCUCACCAGCCUCUGUUCUGUGCUCUGGCCAGACAAGCAGCUCUACAAGGAGACAGGCUACUGGAGCGUGACGGUGUUUGGCAGGAAGCAUUGCUACCGCCUAUACACGGAGCACCUGAACGAGGCUGUGCACUGGGUGUGUGCCGUGCAGAAGGUCAUUGACAGCAAAGCACCCGUGCAGACGCCCACCCAGCUGCUCAUGCGUGAUGUGGAGGAGCACAGCAGCAGCCCCGAGGUUCUGGAGCAGAUCUACCGCUGCAACCCCAUCCUGCGCUACACCAGCGGCCCUCUCUACGCUCCCCUGCUGCCCUUCCCUUACGGCAGCCUGGACCAAAGUGCCCCUGGCCCCCGCAGCUACACCACGCUGCGUGAUGAGGCUGUGAAGCUCUUCAACUCGCUGCAGCAGCUGGAGUCGGAGCGAGACCCGGUGCCGCUGAUGCAGGGCGUCCUGCAGACCUGCCUGGACCUGCCGCCACUGGUGGAUGAGAUCUACUGCCAGCUGGUGAAGCAGACCACGGAGCCGCCGGCGCCGGGCGGGCAGGGCGACCUGCACUACUGGCAACUCCUCACCUGCAUGAGCUGCACCUUCCUGCCCUCCCCGCCUGUCCUGCGCUUCCUGCACUUCCACCUGGACAAGACUGAGAGCCGUUUCCCUGCUUCAGAGAUGGCCAAGUAUGCCUGCUUCAUCCGGGAGGCACUGGGAAAGACAAAGGGGCGGGAGUGUGUGCCUUCCCUGGAGGAGAUCCUGAUGCUGAUGCAGCGGCAGGAGAUGAUCUGCACCGUUCACUGCCCCGGGGCGCCUGCCUGCAGCGUGGCCAUCAGCUCCCACACCACAGCCGAGGAGGUGGCCCAGGAGCUGGUGUCGCGCCUGGGGCUGUCCCAGAGCCCCAACCUCUUCGCGCUCUACGAGCAGUCCCGGCGGCGGGAGCAGCCGGUGGGCAGUGCCACAUUGCUGGCUGAUGUCCUCACGAGGUUUGAAAACCUGGCUGGGGAGCAGCGUGAGCAGGACCCACCAUGCCGGCUCUGCUUCAAACACUACGGCUUCCUGGACACGGACAAUGUCCCACGGGACAGCCUGGAGUUCGCCCUUCUCUUCGAGCAGGCACACGAGAUGGUGCUGCGGGGCUACGUGCCCACGUCGGAGGAGACGCUGCAGACGCUGGCAGCCCUGCGCCUGCAGAGCCUCAACAGUGACUUCUCCACCCACGCGCCCUUCCCGCGCCUGGAGGAGCUCUUCCCGCCCCACGUGCUGCACGCCCGCCUGCCACCCCCACCCCACCGGCCCCCUGCCAAGUGCCGGGGGGCCCGGCUGCGUGCAGGGUUGCUGGCCGGCGGGCUCUGGGGCCAGGCACUGGCCAAGCAGCGGGCGGAGCGGGACCAGCGCCUGCGGGGCCGUCUGCGUGAGGAGGGGGCCAGCACCAUGGCCGCCAUCGUGGAGAAGUGGAAGCUGCUGCAGGGCAUGGGCCGGCCCGAGGCCAUGGCUGCCUACGUGGCCCUGGUGCGGGAGUGGCCUGGCUUUGGCUCCACGCUCUUCGAUGUCGACCUGCACGUGAGCCCAGUGGGUGCUGGGCCCCAGCGCCUGUGGCUGGGCAUCGGGGCCAAGGCUGUCUCGCUCUACAAGCCGGGGGAGCCUGAGCCCUUGGACAGCUUCUGCUACGGCCGCAUCUCCUCCUUCGGUGCCUCCGACAGCAGCACCUUUCGCCUCUCUGUGGAGGACCGAGACCUGCUUUUUGAGACCUCCCAGGUGGACGAGAUCGCCCGGCUCCUCAACACGUACCUCACCUCUGCAGGUGCCCAGCGGCUGCCCCGGCCCCAGGAAUCCCCCACCAGCCCCCCCACCUCAGAGUCCACUGUGCUGCCCCAGGGGCUCUGCCAUGGGGCUGGGCCCUGGCAGCACCGGCCACCGGUGGGCUCCUCCCACAGCUAGCCCGGUGGCCGGCGUGGCCACACAGGUGCUCUGAUGGCUGGUGCGGGAGGGUGGCCAGCCCAGCAGCAAGCGGCAGGUCUUUGCUGGCCUCCAGCUGUUCCGUGGAGCAGGGGGUCAGGGGCUCCUUCUCCCCCCACUGCCAUUGCCUUUCUGGUUAUUUCCUUAAUUUAUUUUGAGAUGCCUGCGUGCCCCACAUCUCCCAGCACUUUCCCUGGCGGGCAGCGGGGCCACCCCACCGUGGUCCCCCGCACUGCCCUCAGGCCUGUUCCUGUCCCCUGUACCCUGGUGCCUUCGCCUCCAGCACUUGUGCUGUCUGACUGCUCUUCCUGCGCCCCGGGAGCUUCGCCUGGGGCACAGGGUGCCAGGCAGCAGUGCUGUGCCAUUGUCUGUUUGUCUGUCUGUCUGUCCGCUGGACCCACCCCUCCUGGAAAGCUGCAGGCGGCUUUUGGCCUAGCCGCCCUGGGGACCUGCAGGCUCCUCCUGGCCGAGUGGCCAGGCCUGUGGCUCUGCGGUGGCCCUGUGGCUGGGCUCGUGUCGUGGGGGUGGCCAGUGGGGUGGCAGCUGGUACAGCUGGGGCUCAGCCCCUCAGUGUUGCCUCUGUAGAGUUUGUCAGUUCUGUCCUGGGGAGGAGGGGUUGGUUGUUUGUUUUUCUAAAUAAAUGCACAAAGGAAA